CGUCAAAGAUUUCCAUCGUUCAUACAACCAUAGACUCGACCCCUCUUGGCUGAAGACCACGCAGCGAGCUUUGAGCCGCGAAGAGUAACCUUCAAUACCUUGGUAUACGCAAUUGGGCUCUCCCGACAAGAUGGCGCAGGUAGAGGACGAGCACGGCGCUCAGGUGACGCAGCCUGGCCCACCCGUGUCAGCACCCGUAGCCUCUCAACCUUCCAAAUCAGCAUCACAGAUCAACCUGGGAGGCGUGGCUAUAGUCUCGCCGAACGAUGGCAAGCAGCCUGGAAAGCAUGACACUGCUCGAGCGAUACCUACAAAUCCCUCGACGAGUCCCGCAGAGGCCAAACAAGCAGCGAAGAAGAGUCAUCCUGCCGUCGUAGCGAGAGAAGUUGAAAAGACCAAAGCUGAGCAGAGGGAGCUCAAAGGAAAGCCUCCGAAGGGGACAGUCGUAGCUGGAUUGGAGGAUGAUAGGCUUUGGGCCAUGCUUAGACGUUUCGACGUGCAAAUCACCCAUGUUCUGCAUCCUGCAUCUGAUCUCCCAUCAUCAGAGCCGGAUCUUCGUCCGUCCACUCUGCCAAACCUACCUUCGCACUCCGAGAUGCUCAAGUCUAAUCUCGAGCGAGUGAUCGCUGCGAUCGGUCCGUCGUCCGUUCGAGGUGCGAGAGAAAUUCAGCGGCUGUGCGACUGGGGUCCGCAGGAGAGAGUUCGGACAGCUUCAUACUGUGCCACAUAUUUCAUCGCCUGGGCAUUCGGAUAUGCGGUCAUGAGCAUAUCUGUCUUUCUCGUUGUGCUCGUGUGCUUCCCUCACACUCGGAGAUGGCUCUUCCCGCCUAUCCCUCCUCCACCAUUUACGCCUCCUUCGGCGACUGAUCCCACUAACAAGAAGGGCGAUGAGAGUCUGAUUGGCAACGUCGACAAUAAAGCAGUCCACCGAAGCAAGGCGGAACAAGCUGAAGAACAAGCCUUUGAGGCCGCUGCGAUCGUGCAGGCAUACACGGCCAAAUUGAUAUUCGACGGACGCAAAAAGGGCAAAGCGGCGGGCAACUCUGAAGUUGGAGAAAAGGAGGUCUACUCUGACAGUGAAAGCUCGGACUCUGGCAGUGAAGAGAUCGUCAACAAGCCGACGGAGGAGGGUGCUCAGGGUGUCGAAUCUGCCGCUGUCGUUGUUGGAGGGGAGCAAGUGGUCCCCAAGACAGAAAUGUCAGAGAAGGAGAAGAAAAAGCUGGCUCAGAGAGAAGCUAAGAGGAAGCGAGAUGAGAUGGUGUCCAAGAUGACAAAAGCGACGGAGAAUGCCCUAGGCUCGAUUGCAGAUACCAUGGAACGGCUCACAAACGCACUGUCGCCUCCUGGACCAUAUCCCGAUCGAUACGCUCGCUUCAAGAUCGCAGCUGCAUUCCUUGUCCCUCCGGGAUUGAUCCUCACAUUUGUCCCAGCUUGGAUCUUUGGCCGCGCGGUGACAUUUAUGCUUGGCGCCGGCUUGUGGGGCCAGCCAAUCUUCAAGUGGAGCGCAGAUAAAUUCGUUCACCUGGUUCCAAAUUGGCGUGACUAUCUCGUCCUGCUGGAUAUUCGGAACUCUAUUCUCAGUGGCGUGCCGACCGAUCAGCAGCUCACCCUCCAUCUUCUGCGUGUGGCUGAAGCACUCCAGACCCCUCUGCCUCGUCCGCCUCCUCCACCUCUCAAGGGUACACCCAAGGAAGCGAUCAAAGAGACCACUCCUGCAUCUAUGGAUCCGGAAGAGGAAGCCGUCUUGUUGGAAGCGGACAAGGACAGCGGGAUGAAGCCGGCUGAAAAGGCUAAAGUGAAGACCAAAUCACACAUCAUCACUGCGUUUCAAAAAGCUGGGAAGAAGCUGGCAGGGUUCCACGGUGACGUCUCUGUGGACGGAGCAAAGAAGCAAAUUGGUACUACAAUUGACAAGUACCUUUUCAGAGGUCUAGUCAAAGACAACAAGACUCUGGCAUCCUAUCCUGCCAAAUUGGAGGGCGACUCUGGUCAUAUUAUCCUAGAAGGAGUUUCCGAAACACUCAAGUCCCCACAAAUCUCGUUUGUGCCCCUGACAGGUUCCAAACCGAAAUUCGUUCUCCCCGUUGACGAUAUCGUGGAGAUGAAAAAGUCUCAUGUAUCGAUGCCACGGAUCGCUCUCGGCUGGGCAUCGGGCGCGGAUGUCGAAGGACUUGGCUUGACACUGCGAUUCAAGGAUGUUCAACAGCAGAUCAUCGAGGCUCAAGGUGGUGAAAAGGCAGAGGGAAAGACGCUUCAUUUCACUCGAGUAGGCAGGAGAGAGCAGCUGUUCGUCCGGCUCAUUUCUAUGGGACGCCAGAGAUGGGAGACUCUAUGAGCAUUGCGACCGCGGUUGAUGUAUAAAUAGGGGAU